CGGUGCCGGUGCAGGAGCAGAAUCCCUCUGCCGCCCCUGCGUGGGCUAUCAGCCCUUCCCCCGGGGAGGAGCGAGCCCCGAGCGGGGCGGGAGGCGCUGCGCGGUCCUUUGGGCGCCGCGGCUCGGUGAUGUGGAGGACAGGCUGCCUAUUUCCACAAAGUUAACUCCAAGCUGACUUCUCACUGCAAAUGGACAGUUUGUCAAAGAUGAGGCUGGACGGAGCAGCUUCUUCCUAUCUGAAUUAUGGAAGGCCAACUUUAUGCUAACUUGGAGAUUUCAGUGGAAAAAUCUCUAGGAGCAAGUCCUUUGUCCUUCGUUGCUUUGCUGAAGGUAUCCCGAGAACUUCUGGUCAGUAGAAUCCGAAACACGCAGUGUUUGAUUGACAACUUGAUUAAGAAUGACUACUUCUCAACUGAAGAUGCAGAGAUUGUUGUCCAGUUUCCAACUCAAGCAGAUAAGGUUCGCAAAAUUCUAGACUUGGUUCAGAGCAAGGGAGAAGAAGUCUCAGAAUAUUUCAUCCGUGUCCUACAGAAAGUCGCUGAUGCUUACUAUGAACUUCAGCCUUGGCUGGAAGAAAUAGGUUACGAGCCUUCAGAGAAUAUUUGUAGUAAACCUGUGGUAAAUACAGAUCCGGUUAGCAGGUAUUGCGAGAAACUCAGAUGUGAACUGGGACGGGACUCCAAGUUUGUUAUGUCAUACGCUCAGAGGGAGGAGAUGCUGCUUGACGAAAUCUACUCUAACAGUAGUAUGGAGCUGGUCAGUUUUACCAAUGAGAGUCUAGGUGAAGUGUGUCGAUUAGAAACCCUUUUUGAUGAUGAAGUUGGGCUGAUUAAUGAAGAUGGAGAGACUAUUUAUGUCUGUGGCGAUGCAGGAAUUGGAAAAUCCAUCUUGCUGCAAAAGAUACAAAGCCUUUGGGCCAGAAAAGAAUUGGACAUAGGAGCCAAAUUUUUCUUCCGUUUCCGAUGUAGGAUGUUUAGUUGCUUUAAGGAAAAUGAAGCCGUAUGUUUGAAAGACCUGCUCUUCAAAUAUAAUUGCUACCCAGACCAGGACCCCACAGAGGUGUUCCAUCACAUCUUGCAAUUCCCUCAUACAGUUCUUUUCACGUUUGAUGGCUUCGAUGAGAUCUAUUCCAACUUUGAUCUCAACAGCGUUCCUGAGAUGUGUUCGCCCGAUGAACCCACCCACCCCUUGGUGCUGCUGGUAAGCCUUCUUAGAGGGAAGCUUCUUAAGGGAUCCAAGAAAAUUCUUACAGCAAGGACAGGAACUGAGAUCCAAAGAAACAUCAUUAGAAAGAAAGUGUUACUCCGUGGUUUCUCUGGCAAUAACCUGAAGGAAUACACUGCCAUGUUUUUCAAAGAUGAGGGGCAACGAACCCUGGUAUUGAACCAGUUGGAAGCUAACCCCAAUCUGUGCAGUUUGUGUUCAGUGCCUUUAUUUUGUUGGAUUAUAUUUAAAUGCUAUGAACACUUCCAUUCCAUGUUUGACAGCCACGAGCUUCCAGACUGUUCUGUUACAUUGACAGAUGUAUUUUUGCUCAUGAUUGAAGUCCAUCUGAACCGAUCUCUGAAAACAAGUUUGCUGAAGAACAACACUAGAAGCCAAGCAGAGAUGUUCAAAGCAAGAAAGGAAACUCUUCUAGCCUUGGGUAAAAUGGCGUACAAAGGGAUGGGGAACUCUUCCUUUAUCUUUGAUCAGGAGGAGGUCUCAUCAGCGAACAUCUCUGAAGAAGAUUUGCAAUUGGGCUUUCUCAGAGCAGUUAAAGGUUACAGUGGCUGUGACAGUGAGUCCACUUAUGAGUUUUUGCAUUUAACCCUUCAGUCUUUUUUCACAGCCCUGUUCCUGGUUCUUGAAGAGAAAGUGAGUGCCAAGGAGUUACUUCAGUUUUUCAAUGAAUGUUCUUCCACUGAGACUGCCCAGCCUACUUGCCUUUGUAUUCCCUGGUUGAAGAAACAACUGGCAGGAGAGGAUCCUUUCAGAAAUAAUGAACAUUUUCAUUUUACCAACCUGUUUCUUUGUGGCCUGCUUUCUAGAUCCAAGCAGAAGCUAUUCAGACAUUUAGUUUUGCCUUCACUCAUUAAGAGAAAGAGAAAGAUGCUCAUCAUGUACCUUGUGGAGAGCAUGAAAUCCCACCUGAAAGGCCUCACUCGGUCCAGGCUUCCAGACUACAACCAGAUACAGGUCCAGCCUAACUUUAUUUGGAUGCUGAGGUGCCUUUAUGAGACUCAGAGCGAGAAAGUGGGGAAGUUGGCUGCCAAACACAUGCAUGCCAAUUACAUCAAGCUCACAUACUGCAAUGCCUACUCUGCCGACUGCAGUGCUAUUUCCUUCAUUGUGCAUCACUUUCAGAAGCGCCUGGCUCUGGAUUUAGACAAUAACAACAUCAAUGACUAUGGAGUAAAACAGCUGCUACCUUGCUUUAGCAAGCUUGCAGUGAUCAGGCUCAGUGUAAAUCAGAUCACGGAUCACGGAGUAAGGAUCUUGUAUGAAGAACUCUCCAAGUACCAAAUUGUGUCUUUCUUGGGCUUGUACAACAAUCAAAUCACUGAUGUUGGAGCCAAAUAUGUUGCAAAACUAAUUGAAGAGUGUUCAAGCCUUGAAUAUGUUAAAAUAGGAGCAAACAAAAUAACCAGUGAAGGAGGGAAGUGCCUUGCCCAGGCCAUCCAGAAGAGCAAGACAAUGUUUGAAAUUGGGAUGUGGGGUAAUCAAGUUGGAGAUGAAGGAGCAAAAGCAUUUGCAGAGGCCCUGAGGAACCAUCCCAGGUUAACAAAUGUGAGUCUUGCAUUCAAUGGCAUUACAACAGAGGGAGGCAAAAGUAUUGCUGAAGCUAUGCAACACAACAACUCUGUGAAAAUAUUCUGGUUGACUAAAAAUGAACUGGAUGAUGAGGCAGCAAUGAGUUUUGCAGAGAUGCUGAAGGUCAACAAGAAACUGGUGCACUUAUGGCUUAUCCAGAAUCAAAUUACGUCCAAAGGGGUGAAGUAUCUCAGCGAAGCUCUCAAGGAGAACACAACUAUUAAAGAAAUUUGUUUGAAUGGGAACCCGAUAAGCCAAGAAGAGGCCAAAGCUUUUGAAAAUGAAGAACGGAUCAUUUGCUUUUGAAUGAGGACUUCCCCAUUUUGACAAGCUUCAUAUUACAAAGGUUACUUUUUACUUGGACAGUACAGUUUAUAAAGGCAUAAAUCUGCAGUGCUUAUGGCAGGAGAGAGAUACGGGAUUAGCUGCUUUUUUAUGAACAUACUGCACUGCCUCAGCUCCAUCCCUUAUCCUGUCUGUUAUUCUUAAUCUUUUUGGUAAGUGGGAAGUUGUUUAGGUAAAUAAAUAAUGUUUGUUUGGUGCCUUGAAGAUGAAAUGCAAAGUGUUAACAGACCAAAUCCACUGGCAGGUGUAUGCAUUUUGAUAACUGAGUUUAGAUUUAUUCUGUACACUGAUGUAAAUAAUCUCUUAACUUAUUUAUCUACGGAAAUAUGCACACACACACACACAUAUAUGCAAGAAAGGGUGCAAGAUGCACAAGCUUAUGUAUUAUCUGUCUCAUAACUGAAAAUGAAAAUAUGUAACUUCAUUGGAACCAUAAUCCAUCUGUAAUAGUUGCAUGGUACUGUUUUCAACAGGAAUACCUUCCUCCUGCCUAGAACUUAGGCCCUUAUUUCUCCACUGAGUACAGGCAGAGUUACAGACGCUGUGUUUGGGGUUGGGUUUUUUGGUUUUUUUUGAGAAAUAGAUACAUAGGGCUCAGGUUGCUUUCAAUAAUCUUUUUUUCCAUGUUGGAGCCAAUACUCUUUCUUUUAUAUAACCAGAAGUCUUUAACUGCCAUCACUGCAAAAGCAUAAAACUGGCAGUAAAACACUUCUGCUUAAAAUUUCCUGAGGGCUGCAUAGAAACUGCCACCUCCUGUUUUCACAGUGUUUGUUCUGGGGAGGGGGUCUGGAGUUAAAUGUGAAAUAUUAAUUAGCAGGCUGUUCAUUGCCUUGGCUCUUGGCCUAGACACUCUGCUGGUGGCAAUACACCAAUAUUAAAUUGCUUAGCUUCAGUGGGGAGAAAGGACUGACUGAAAAUCAGCUGCAAUAAGUAGAAAUCCCUUCUCCCAGUAACAUGUAAGCACAGAGAAGGAUUGAGAUUUGCUUGGAAAGCUUUUAUUCUACGUUUGAAUCAGUAACAGCAAAGCAAGGUGCAAGUAGCAAUGGUAAGGACCAGCAAGAAAACAUUAUCCCCCCCAAAAUAAUUAGUUUAGGGAGUGGCCUUUAGAUGCCCUUAAAAGAAACCAAUUUGCAAAGGAGUGGAGUAUUUUCUUAUUUGUUGUGUGCGCAAAUUAGGUGUACUUUAUAAACGUAAACUCAAAUUCCACACCACAGUGCGUACAAGGAACCAAAAAUGGAAAAGCAUGAUGUGUUUUCCUUCCCUCCUUCUUCCAUGUUACCACC